AUGGGUGCCUUUCUGGAUAAACCAAAUACCCGUAAACAAACUGAAUCUGGUAAGGGUAAUGGAAUUGCAUUCGGUGUAUCCAGUAUGCAAGGCUGGCGAAUGGAAAUGGAGGAUGCACAUGUCGCUAAAACUGCCCUUUCUGGUGAAUUAAAAACCUGGUCCUAUUUUGGUGUAUUCGACGGUCAUGCGGGCUCUAAUGUUUCUGAAUUAUGCUCAAAACAUCUACUAGAUCAUAUCCUUUCUACCCCUAUAUUUAAAGAACUUGUUGCAUCUACAGAAAAACAUGGUGCUAUUGAGGAAAUAAAAGCUGGCAUUGUGGAGGGUUUCAUGGCUUUUGAUGAAUUCAUCUUAAAAGAUACCCCUACGGAGAAAUCUGGCUCGACAGCAGUUGUUGCUUUUGUUUCCCCUACCCACUACUUCAUUGCAAACUGUGGGGACUCAAGGAGUGUUCUUAUCAAGGGCGGCAAAGUUGCCUUCAGCACUGAAGAUCAUAAACCUCUCAAUCCAAAAGAACACAGAAGGAUCACAGACGCAGGGGGUCAUGUUAUUCUUUCUCGAGUCAAUGGCUCUCUUGCUGUCUCUCGAGCCCUAGGAGACUUUGACUACAAGCAGACGAAGGGUCAGUCGGCAUCAGAGCAAUUGGUUUCCCCAGAGCCAGAUGUUACUGCUAUAGCACGGGUACGCAAUGAAGACGAAAUCCUUGUGCUCGCCUGUGACGGUGUCUGGGAUGUAUUCUCCAAUGAGGACCUCUGUGAAUAUCUCAUCCAACGACUCAAGUGCUCAUGCUCCCUCUCCGAAGCCUGCGAAGAAACCAUUGACACCUCUCUUUUCAAGGUAUCAUAA